AGGGAUUACUAACAUUAAAACUAAGCCAUGGUUACAUGGAUUACAAUCCCAAGUCAUUGUCGUUGAUGUGAUCUUCUUCCACACACUCACUACGUAGCUUCCCCACAUACACAUGAAGAAAGACAUAUACUUGUUCUUGAAAUUCCUCAUCCCGGCCCAUACAUACAUACACAUGUAGAUACAAACUAUAAACACAAAAAAGAAUGGAGAUUGUGGUCCUCACACAUCCCUCUCCAGCUUUCCACCUUUCCUAGCAAAAUUCCCAUUACCCCACCACCAAACAUACUCUUCAAGUCCUCCAUCGUUUGAUCACUUGUCAUGGAAGCCAAUAUUUAUAGAAUUAGUGGACUCAAGCCUAAGCCCAUGAAGGGAAAGAUGAAGAAAGAUGGUGCCGCAGAGUCGGAAGAUGAUGAGUUGAUCAUGGGAGGAGGUGGUGCAGCUGAUCAGGAUGAUAAGAGGAAGAGGGGCGCGACCGGCGGCUCCUCCACGAGAAAAGGAUCUGCUGGUGGCGGCGGUAGUGGUGCAAUUUCAACCAAGAGCUGCCAGGCUGAGAAGUGCUCCGCUGAUCUGAGUGAAGCAAAGACUUACCACCGGCUGCACAAGGUCUGCGAGCACCACGCCAAGGCUCAGGUGGUGGUUGUGGCCGGAAUCCGGCAGAGGUUUUGCCAGCAAUGCAGCAGAUUUCAUGAGCUGUCGGAGUUUGACGAAGCCAAGAGGAGCUGCCGGAGGCGUUUGGCUGGCCACAAUGAGAGGAGGAGGAAAAACCCCACAGAAAAUACUCAAGCGGAAGGCUCUACCGGCAGCCGGAUUAAGGGCGGCAACACUCCAGGCAGUGGCCAGUUGAAAGAUAUCUUUUGCGGACAUGUUUGAUGAUAGGGGCCGGGAAGGAUUGAGAUCACUGUCCAAGAAAAUUCGAACUACGUACAAAUACCCUUGUCAGAUAAUUAAGAUCAUGGCUCCAAUCAAAUGCUAGCUCCCUCUCUUCUGUCAUCCCCGUCGGCAAUAUAUAUGCUGAAGGAAAAUUUAGUAGCAAUAUCUAUUCAGCACCAGGCUACUAGCUCUAGCUGGUGUCAAAAUCCAGCAUUGUGUAGCUCCCAAUCCUUAUGCUUAUCUACUUCAUUUUCGAUAAAA